AUGUCACGAUAUCCGCCUGCGGCGGAAUACCGUGGCUUUAGGGACAGAUCACGAUCACCACCGCGUUUCUCGGAAAGUCAUAGACGAGGAUCUGCUGCCGCCAUCUUCGAGAAUAGACCACCUGGACCUGCCAGAAACGCCACCGAGCUGCCCCGUGGACCGCGCCAGCAAUUUGAUGGUCCACCUAGGCAGAGUAUAGGUGCAGGUCCUGCACCCGGACUAGGCUCACGACCGGGAUAUUCCUCCCUUCGAGACGCACCACCCCUCGGCACUCCUGCUCGCCCGUUCCGUGAACGCGAGUAUGACCGACCGGCGCUGAUACCAUCGCCACGUGAGCGCUCUCCUGCACGAGGUUUCAAGGACACUCGGGACUUCCCUCCUCGCGAAUUAGAGAUUCCGCGCGUGCGACGUGGUUCUCGAGAUGGUCCACCGUCUGCCGGAUCUGGGUUCUCUGACAAUCCACCCUUCGCUCCUGGCCCUCCACGUGGAGGUUAUGUUCGUGGCCGAGGACGAGGAGAUUUCGAAUUUCGAGGUGGCCGCGCUGGACGCAGGCACUUUGACGAUCGCGAAGCGUUCCGUCGAGAACGAUCCCCACCUCCACCACGAUGGGGUCGAGAGCCGCCUCGAGAUGAGCGCGACCUGGAACGAAGAGACGACCGUCGCUUUGACAGACGAGACGAGGAAAGACGCCCCGAAUGGCUCGACCGCGAGCGUGAACCAGAAAGGACGAGACGUGAACAGCCACCAACGAGGUUGGAAAGCAGACGAUCAGACGAGUCUAUUGCCAGUGGACCUGCUCCACAACAGGCAUCGCAGGCCAUACAGAUUGAUCCUGGCCGACUGGCAUUGUUGCAGGAGGCCGGCGAAGAUGUUGUGAGGAGACCCUAUGCUGCGCAACCUGCGGCGUCGCAACGAGAGGUCAGACGCGAUGUACCAGAGACGCCAUCUUACCUCAAUGGCCGUGCAGAGAAUACAGCAAAUCGUUACAAGCAGCGUGGCUCUUCGCCGCCUACACAAGCGCCACCAGUACCUGCCUUCACGCUGUCCUUCGCACCUCAAGGUCCGACGUCUUCAUCGCACAAUGGCGUGUCUCCAAUGAAGCCGAUCGCAGAGCGUAAGGUCUCGCUAGUGCCAAGCGGAGAGUCACUCGUUGGAAAAGCAGCACCAUCGACUGACACCCCAAUCAAUGCACUAGCCGAAGCACAGUCGGAGGCGAAAGCUAGGCCGCCGGCGCCAAGGGCUGAGCUCAUGGAGCCACCACCCACUGCUCCAAAGGCACCUAAGGCACUAGAAGCAGAGAUGGUGACAGGCUUUGCGAACCGCUUGCAUGGUGUCCGGUCUCUUGAGACCAUUCCUGGACCACCUCAUCUUUCUGUGCCUCAAUUGGCUCGUGGCGAGUCUUUGGUGAGGCCAUCGCCACCCGGCCCAAGACCCGUAUCACCAGCGAACUCUGUGCCUUCCAUGUCAACGUUGAUGCAGCCAGUGUCUCCAAGUACGCAGACUUUCCGCCAUGGUGAUAUUGCUCCGCCCACAGGGCCACGUGCGGCUCGUGUAUCGCCUGCCAUGACACACGUGUCACCACGAACGACAUAUACGUCUCCUCGAUCGGACGUCGGCGCAAUCUCGGGCUACCAAGGGCCAUCGAAGGGGCAGACUCCACCUCCUACUGCCCCUUCUGGACCGCGCAACAGGUCAUUCAGUGUCUCGCCAAAGGUUACGAGUUCGGCGGUACCAACAGCGCCUAGAGGAAGCAGAGUCCCGCCAACCGCUCCACGAGCAUCUGCUGCCGAGCGGCCACCUGCACCGCCAAUAAGAGGACUGGAUCGUCUUGGCGGGCCACCCCCUUGGGCGCCGCCGACUGCACCACGAGGACUCCAGCGCCAGCCAUGGCGCCGGCCGGGCCAGCCACCUUACAACGACAAGGUCAUUCCAGCGAAAAGAGACUUUGCCGGCGACGAGCGAGAUCGCCAGCCUGUUCCUACCCAGCCAAGCUCUGGGGCGCCAACGAAUGUUGACCAAGCUUGCGUCGCAAGCAGGAAAGAUGAGAGGGAGCCGCAAGCCGUGGGAAGUCGCCAUCCAAACAGGGCACGGCAAUGGGAUGACAAGAUGGACAUCGAUCAUGAGCAAGCUCGCCCAGCAAAUCUUGCAGCAGCUCCUGAUCAGUCUGCCACGGCCAGGCAGUCGUUUUUUGGCAUGUCUGAACAGAACCGUGAUCCCGAAGCCAGCAUGUCUGCAUUGGAAGAAGAAAAUCCAAGUAGUGACGAGGACGCCGAUCCACAACAAGGAAUAGCACUCUUCCAGGCCAAAUACGAGAGGGAGAAAAGAGCUCUUGAGUCGCAAUUGAUUGAUCUUAGUGCGCGGAAGUAUCGUGCAACAACUCCACUGGAAUCCAUCGCACGACUCUCCUGCAUCUCGGAUCGUGAUCUGCAAAGUGCGCGUGAAAGCAAUGAGAGGAGUGAGGACCGAUCGCCCACCCUCACGGAAGGGAAUCUCGUACCGCCGACUACGCAUUCCUCAGGAACAGACGAGGGUCGAGACCUGCUUACACCCAAAGGCGAAGAAGAUGUUUCUGCGGUCGAAGUCAACAGCAGUGGCGGCGAAAGUACGGGACAUCCUCGGAUAUUCCGACGACCAAGCUCAGAAGUCAUUAGUCUGCCCUACCUUACCAAGGAACCACAUCUCAUCCAUAACAAUGUGGCGAUUGAAGAGAGUCUACAACGUCAAGAGGAGAGCAGAUCCACGGUCCUCACUGCCCUUGAGCAAGAGAUGGACAUGGAGGAUGCUGACGAAGAAGAAGCAGAGGACGAAUUCGAAGUCUCCUACAAAAGGUGGCGCCAGCAAUGCGAGGAUCUCGAUCGACAGCGCGAGGAGCAGGAGCGGUUGGAAAGACAGAUCUCUGUUGAUCCUGCACCAGAAAUGGUGGUUCCAGCUGCACCACCCCUCAAUCCUAUGACUGAAGGCAGCAGGCGCUUACACAAGUACAGCAGCGAGUACGAUGUUGAGCAAGUGCUGAAGCAGUCCGAAGAAACAGCACGCCUGGAGCAAGAAAAACACGAACGGGAAGCUCGCAAGAAUCAAGCUGACAUGGAGAAAGAAGCCAAGAUACCUGAUCAGCACCUUGAAGAGCAUUACAGACGAAGCAUCUUCAUCAACACCAAUAGAUAUCGCGAGCCUGGCAAACUCACGCUGGUAUUUUCCUACGAGCCACAGCCCGACACUUUCACGGAGAACGAGCAGCAGAUUUUCAUCGCAGCCUUCAAGGAAACCCCGAAGAAGUGGGGUGAGAUCGCAUCUCUGCUUCCUGGUCGCACCUACAAAGACUGCAUUCACCACUACUAUGCCAACAAGUGGGAUGGUCGUUUCCGAGACAGUCGAACCAAAAAGCUCAAGGCUAGUGGUCGUCGUGGUAGAGGUGGGAAGGCAAUGCGUGGAAGAGGCGCCCAAGCCAUGGCAGAUCUGGCUGUCAUCACGGAGCCUGCUGAGAAGUCCGAAUCGGGACGGCCUAAGCGUGCAGCGGCACCAACUACAUUUGGUGAACGUGAGAUCGAGAGUAAAGCUGCUCUUGUGAACCCAUCACCAGCAAAGAAAUUAGGUCCUGGUGCAAGGCAAGACGGCAACGGUGACAUUGGGCCUGAGAAGCCGGGCAGACGUCGCAAAGGCAUGGGUGAGAAACCUGGUCGCAAGGCUAAAGGUUCGCAGCCACUUGCUGCUCUUGCUGCAGCUCCAUCUGCCUCACCAGGCCGAUCCAUGAUGCAAAGCACACUAAUCAAGGAGGACAUGGCAAGAGCGCAGAGCAUGGAAGAAGCGAGUCUCUUGACAGGUUUCCGAGCCGAGCAACACACCAUGCAUCCUAUCGAUAAGCAUCUCUACCAGCAGGAAGAGUACCACACGACCAUGAUGCCCAUGGAGGAUAUCGCGCGACCAAAGGUAGCUGGUCAAGCUCCACCAUCAAGAACCGGCCCGUCAAGCUACUGGUCUGUACCCGAACAGACAGAUUUUGUCAAGUAUAUCGGAUACUUCGGUACGGACUUCGCAGCGAUCGCCAAUCACAUGGGUACUAAGACGCAGACUAUGAUUAAAAAUCAUUACUCGCGUCAAGUCGCGCAUGGCAACCAGCCGGAUCUGGAGCGGUCAGCUAGAGAAGCAGACCGGAGGCGUGAGAUGGGCGAAGACGUUGGUCCGCCACCCACGCCCACGCCAAUUGUGAAGAGGAAAUAUGAUCAGCCUCAGACCAACGCGCAAAGAUCACUUGCGCCACAAGCAGAUGCCAUGGAACUCGAUGAACCCACCAUCACUCAGCGACCAUCACAAGCCAAGCAUGCAUCGCCUCCGCAGUAUCAAGCACAACCGCGCUUCAGUACUUCGGCACAAGCCACGCCUGUUCAAGUCCAUCGUGUGAUGGCAAGCCCUGCAGUCACCGGUGCUUCGCCCGUCGUGCCAAAGAUCCAGGCUUCUGCGCCUGUCCGUCCUGGUCCUCACCCUCUAGGUGCGGGUCUGUCGUUCAUGCCAGAUUCUCGUCCAGAAUCUCGAGCUGAUAUGCAAGCCAACACAAGUGCUAAACAUAGUCAACCAAGUAUACCGCGCAGCCAACCACAUUCUCAGAACGCUGUACCCGACGCCUACAUCCUCGAGCUUCAACAUGAACAGGAGAGAGCAACUCGCCUACAGCAGCAGGAGCUCUUUCAGCGAGAAAGCCUUGACAUGCAGCGCCAGAACAGCUUCCAUCGCGGGUCAGCACAUGGAUCGCCAGUCAACCCACCCCUUCACGAGCCUAUGGAAGAGCGCAAAACACUGUUGGAAGAGCGUGCGCCGACACCGCCUCGUGAUAUAUUUGGCCAGUCUCCAUACCAGCGCUCAGCGUUCAGAUCCGAUUUCGGAUCAAUGGGCAGCUCGCCGGCUCUGUCAAUGCUGGGUCGCCCACCGCUUCAACCCUCACCGAAGAAGAAAGAUGACCUUCGUCCUGGCUCCGUGCCUGUAAUGCCGCCUAUGCAGACAGCCGUUGCACCAUCAAUACAGACUGCGCCGACUGCACCACCGGAGCCAAAGCGUUCGAAUCUUUUGUCAAUCCUGAACGACGACCCUCCAGAACCACCGCCACCAAAACGGGAAAGCUUGCCAAGCAUGCAACAACGUGGGCCUUCUCCGGCACAGAAGUUCGCGCACCAACCUGGCUCAGCUGGACCAACACCGCCAGCAGCUUCUGCUGUGCAAGCACUCAGACGUGAAACUUUCGGCCAGCCUAGUAUGCCACAGUCGCAUUUCCGUCGGCCAUCACUCUCCCAGCAAGGACCAUCUUUCUCUUCGAACCCAUCAGCGUCCAUCAAGCAGGAAGCUGCAUCGACCGCGUCUAUAUUACAUGCACCCAAUUCAGAUUGGGCAGCUCAUGUGUUAAGUCGAGAUCCACAACCAGCACCACCACGCCAAGCGAGUCCUUUCGGGCUGGAGCGUGAGCCGCGACCAGUCUUCCCGCCCCGUGGAAGUAUUCUAGGCGGGCUCAAUCAGCCCAUCAGAGCUGUGCCAUCACCACCACCUCAUGGCACUCUGUCACAUUCUCGGACCUCGUCCGUAACCAUGCAACACGGGCAAGCUUCGCAGUCAAGAGAACAGCGAUCCGGUUUACCAGGACACCAGAGCCUCGGUAGUCUUAGCGGCCUUGGGCAGACGCUACACCCAAAUCCAUACGGCCAGCAAUCUGUCCCUAAUCCUUUCGCACAGGCACCACCAUCGGAAGGCCGUAAUCAUGCACAUCACUCGCACAAUAACUCACUAUCAGGCUCACUGCAGGCGAUGCACCACGGCGGAUCCCUUCGAGAAGAUGCCGCCCGCCAGCAAGAACUCCAGGCGCAGCAAGCGCAACGGCAGCGCGAAGCCGAAAUAGGCUGGCGUCGAGAUGAAAUGAGGUUGGAUGGAAGGAGGAUGGACGAAAUGAGGAUGGAUGAAAUGAGACGGCGCGACGACAUGAUACGUGCUGAAAGACAAGAUGAAAUGAUGCGGGAUGAUAUGAUGCGAAGGGGCGAGCGCAAUCUACUCUUCGAGCGACAACAGCAGCAACAACAACACUUCUUUGAGCAGCAGCAGCGACAGCGUCAGGAAGAUGAGAUCCGCGAUCGUGAUCGCCAGCAGCAGCAGUUUAUGUCACGUGGACCACCGCCUCCGAUGCAACCCCAAGCUAUGCAACCACAAGGAUUCAGCGGUGGGCCACCUUUUGGCUUGGACCGCAUCAGGACACCCAGCCUGCGAGACCAGGCGGCUCGUGAGACUGAGGCCGCCAUGCGACAUGAAGCUGCUCAGAGGAUGGGAGGUGAUGUGCUCUUCAGGGAUCGUGACCACAAUCGUGAGCGCGAGCGAGAGCAUGCAGAGGGUAUGAGGAGACAUGAAGACGCGAUGUUCAGACGCGGCACGCCUCUACAGCAGGCACCAUUUGGACAUCCGCCACCACCGCCCAGACGUGGAUAA